UUCAUCACAGUCGUAUUCGGUCAGUUUCGCUUCCUAGCCGUGUUGUCAUGCGACAGCUAAAAAAAAUCAUUGCUAAAUAUUCUUUGCUUCCUUCCAUGUCAAACACGAUGUGAAAAAAUUGAAUUUAUUCAGUGAAUCAAUACCACGCAUCAAUGGCUCAGGAAGAACUAGAGCAACUUUAAUAAGUUAUUUGCUUUAUUACCGGCACACGUAUACUUUACUUCUUGUAUUGUGGGUGCAAGUGUCAUCCAAAAUCAUAAGCUAUGUUCUAUCAACUAACAAGCAGUGGUUGUCGUGAUUAAAAAAUAAACAAAUAAAACUGUGCUGUAAACGUACUCCGUACUUCGUGCGUCUGCCUCUUCUACGAAUUUAUCGAAAAAAAUCGUGUCGAUAACAACGUUAACCAUCAGCUUCAAAUAACAAACCGAAUAAAUGGUUUUGUGUAAGCAUUCGCCAUAUCGUGCGAAGUUGAUUAUGUACAGCUAAAAGCAUUUCGUAUUUUAAGUUAAAAUCAUCAAACAACCAAUGUGGCCAACACACCCUGCUUAUUCCGGAUGCUUCAGUGAGACGUGAACCAGUUUAAUGUUGUAGCUGACUUGUGGUAUUGGUGAUAGCGUGGCGUUGGCAAUGUAGUGGUUUGGCACUGCCAAAAAGGACGAGUUACAGUUGCGAUAUAGCUUCUGCUUUUGCUUUACCAACUAAAAGUCCACAACUGAACAAUCAAAAUCAUUUGAUUGAGAGUAGAGAAGCGCCACCAUUUUCUGUUCCGGUUUUUAGUGGAUGCAUCGCAAAUACUGAUCCGGUAACAAUCAUCGUAUGCGAUAUCUAUGCUCUCGCGCUCGUCUCGAAACUGCGCUUCGUUCUCGUUUUCUCUGGCACAUGCUUUGUUUCACUCAUUCAACGCGCGCCCGACGAUACGCACACCAACGCAAAAAUCGCUCAUGCUCACGCACUUUUUCUUCACUCUCGCACUUCAAUCUCAACUUCGGUCGCGUGCAGAGUGACGGUGCUGCGCUCGAGUUCACGGCGCCCAACUUCUGAACAAAUGAAGUGAAAAAGUGUGUUUCUCCAGGUGUGAUGUUUCGAAUCCUUUCCGAACUUCGUUUCACAGUGCAGUGCAAGUGCGGCAUACAACCAACCAUUCGUUUUGCGUUUUGCGUUGCCAGUGAAUAUUAGUGCCAGGUGAAACCAGGGCGAUUGAACGUAAAUUGUUAGCAGUUCGAGAAUGUUUGAGAGUGCGCUGAUCGGUGUGUGUACGGCAUACGAAAGCCACAAUCGAGCGAAAAGUACGCGCGUGAUGUUGUAGUUUCCGGAAAAGUCACUCAACUGUAGCGAGUGGUGCAAUGAACAGGAUGAAGCAAUCGUCGUCUAGCUACUCGUACAUUUGAAUCAAGAUCGACUGCCUUUAAACGCCUACGUUCUAUGAUGAACACACAAACAUUGAAUCUACUGCUUUAAAAGUACACGCCGACCUACACCAAACUCAUCCUAUCGCUGCAGACGAGCCAUGUAUUGUGCAUCAACGCCCACACCUCAGCUACUGUAACGAUGAGGAGAAUUCUACGCUUUGUAUACGCAGCGAGAGCAAGAGAGAAGCAUUACUGAACAACGCCCGAAUGCAAUUAGUCGUCGUAUAUGUAGCACGCACCGCUACGAAAUGUUCAGCAGCACGAUGCGGACAAUCUAGCCGUAAAGACCAAAGGGAAAACGGGAUUUAAUCAGCUUAUCGAGCAAUUGAGCAAUAAAAGCACCAGCAGAGUGUGCGACAAGUGCACGAAGCUACAUUAUCGUGAAGUAGCGAUAGAGCGCCUGCCAGAGUGAAGCCGCAAUCCAGACAAAUACAACGUAACGCGUUUGGCGAACAUACAGACACAAUGGCACUGGCGCGAAGUAAACACAGACGGCACACGGUGCGAAGUACACUGCAACAUACCGUUGGAGUACGCUGUGCUGUAAGCGUACUGCCGAUACUACUGCUCAUGAUCAGUGGAGUAGCGGAAUGUAGCUAUCAUUCCGGUGUCAGCCCGAUGCCGCACGUACCUGCUGUGCCGAAAGAUCCGAAUUCGCGGUGCGAAGAGAUCACCAUUCCGAUGUGCCGGGGAAUCGGUUAUAAUUUAACCUCGUUUCCGAACGAGAUGAACCACGAAACGCAGGAGGAAGCCGGCCUGGAAGUGCACCAGUUUUGGCCGCUGGUAGAAAUCAAAUGUUCGCCGGAUCUGAAGUUUUUCCUUUGCUCGAUGUACACCCCGAUCUGCAUCGAGGACUACCACAAACCGCUGCCGGUGUGCCGCAGCGUGUGCGAGCGGGCCCGAGCCGGCUGUGCACCGAUUAUGGAGUCGUACAGCUUCAACUGGCCAGAACGGAUGGCUUGCGAAAAUCUGCCCGUAUCGGGCGACAGCGACAACUUGUGCAUGGAGAUGCCGAGAGAGGAAGAGCAUGGCGAAGACCGCGGCGUCGGAGGGUCGUCGGGCGGUGGUAGCGGUAGCUCGGGACACUCUGGCAAGCCGACCCGCAAAUCGCACGGUGGCAGCGGUGGCCAGAGCAGCGGCGGAGGCAACCAGCAGAACAACAAAUGCAAGGGCAAGAAUUCAAAAAACUGCCAAAAUCCCCCAGGGGAAAGAACAAAAGAGUGCAUGUGCCGGUGCCGGGAGCCACUGGUCACCCUGGGGAGGGAAAGCAGCACCACAACACUACUGCACCAUCACGGCAGCCUAAGCAGCAACCAAAGUGUCGAAAGGGUCGGCGACGUGCAAAACUGCGCGAUCCCGUGUCGGGGGGCGUUCUUCACCCAGGAGGAAAAGGACUUCGCCGGCAUCUGGAUAGCGCUGUGGUCCGGCCUCUGCGGCAUAAGCACCCUAAUGACACUGACCACCUUCCUCAUCGACACCGAAAGGUUCAAGUACCCUGAGAGACCGAUCGUGUUCCUGUCGGCAUGCUACUUCAUCGUUUCCUGUGGCUAUCUCACGCGCAUCUUUCUCGGCCACGACGAAAUUGCGUGCGACGGGAAAUCGAUCAAGUACCCUUCGACGGGACAGAGCUCCUGCACCAUGAUCUUCAUCAUGAUUUACUUCUUCGGUAUGGCCUCCUCGAUCUGGUGGGUGAUCCUGUCGUUCACCUGGUUCCUGGCGGCCGGCCUGAAAUGGGGCAACGAGGCAAUUUCGAAGCAUUCGCAGUACUUCCAUCUUGCCGCAUGGCUCAUUCCGACCGUGCAGACCGUCUCGGUACUGCUGCGGCCCGCCGUCGAUGGUGAUCCCGUGGCUGGGAUUUGCUACGUUGGCAACACGUCCGUCGAAAAUCUGAAGAACUUUGUGCUUGCCCCGCUGUUUAUGUACCUCGUUGUCGGCACCACCUUCCUGAUGGCCGGGUUUGUAUCGCUGUUCCGCAUCCGGUCCGUGAUCAAGCAGCAGGGUGGUAUCGGUGCUGGCUCGAAGGCAGACAAACUCGAGAAGCUGAUGAUUCGGAUAGGCAUCUUCAGCGUGCUGUACACCGUACCGGCAACGAUCGUCAUCGGCUGCCAUCUGUACGAGGCGUCUUACUUCGAGGACUGGAUGACGGGCCUAACUUGUCCGUGCAAGGUAGCGCCCGGGCUGCGGCAGAAGCCGCUCUACUCGGUGCUCAUGCUGAAGUACUUUAUGGCACUGGCCGUCGGCAUCACGUCGGGCGUUUGGAUCUGGUCCGGAAAGACGGUCGAUUCAUGGCGGCGGCUCUGGAGAAGACUGUUCGGUUCGCCGGAUCCUACCGGUGCAGGACAGGUGCUUAUUAAGCCACGACCACCACUGCCCCAACCGUACGCCACGUCCGGCAUCGGUGUGCCUGGAUCGGCGGCAGCUUCACUGCUGGCCACCCCGUACACGCAAACCGUAGGCAGUGUGGCUUCCACCAGCCACCACCACCUGCAUCAUCACGUUCUCAAGCAGGCACCGUUGAGUCACGUAUGACCUGGAGAUAUCGGCGGCGCAUCUACCUUAACUGCCGGAUCCGGAUCGGUCGUAGAUCCGCGCGCCGUCUCAGUCGUUGUUACGCUACCCGGUCCGCAACCGGGACAAGCUCUCAGCGAUUAUGGUCCGAUAUAGUUGACCGUUCGACCAGAUGCGGCAACUCGAAGAAUACCACCCAGCAAUCUAAGUGAACUGUGAAAACCGUAUCGGCUCUCAUCCCUACCAUUUUCACCGAUACGCUGCUGGAAGGCGAACCCGUUUGCUCCCAGGGAAUAGUAGUCCAGGAAGGCGGCGGGAAGGAACGUUUUCGUCCUACGUGGCCAGCAAGCUGGUGGUGGUGGCAAACGUUGGCAAUGGAGCCGACCGGGUGUGAAAUGGAGCGUGAAAGCAAUUCUUAAUAGUAUUAAAUUCAACUCAACUCAAAUCGGUACUACUUCUAUUUUCGUGCAUACAAGGCACGAGCCAGACUAAAAUGCUAUCACUGACGAUCACAACACCAUAAGCUAUCAUUACGCUCUAUCUACCUUAUCCGUAAUCGUGCGCAUCAUGCCCCCAUACACAUGCAUAACCUACAUUUAAAGCUCCUUAUGAAUAACUUAUCCGACAGGCAGGCAUAUUGUAAGGACAGUUCAAGCUAGCGGCUCUCUUUCUAGUCGAUGAUGAGGAUAGUAGUGGAAUAGUGUUUUAGAGAUGGUGAAUAGAUACAUUGUUCGUGGAGAUGUAUGGAGUUGUGGAUGUUUAUAAGUUAUAUUUUAUACAUAGAGCUAAACACCCCACAAACGUAAGCAAAAGAACGUAACAAAACAGUGCGAUAAUAUUGUACAUGGGGAAGAAUGUCUACGGUGUGCGAUUGAUUCGCAGCGAACAAAGUAAGAGGGAAACAGCACACAACAGAAGGAAACACAAUUGACAAUACCUUUUCUCAUUCCUAUGCCGAUGAAAUAACUCAAACAAAAACAACAAUACAACAAAUGCAAACCCCCCGUUUACACAACAUCCAUGUGUAAGAAGCCAAGGCAACGUUUUAUACCACUGCCGCCAAUAUUUAGUUUUGCUCAGACACUCGAAAACGUUGCACCACCAAGGAUAACAUCCUUGGUGUGUCGCAGAGUGCCGCUUCUAGCAGCGACGACGACGAGCAACUAAUUAUCGGUGAACCCUCUCUUUCUAAAAUGGUGCAUUUUGAUGAAACUUUUAUACGUAAUUAGAAUUAAUUUAAAAUGCUUUUCAAAAUUGAGCAACUUAUACCCCAUCGUAGAUUGGAAAUAAUUAAUCAAUCCCCCCUCCCCAAACUCCUUUUUCGGCCCACAUAACCGCCGAUCAAUUAUAUGUAGCAUGUUUGCAAAUUAUCAACAUCCCAUUUAGAGUAUCUACUCCGUGUUUUCAUAGAGUGUAAUUCAUCCAGCAUUCAUCAAUGCAUUCAAUUCAAUUGCUAGAACUGUUUGCACACGAACGCUGCAAACCCAAAAAAGAAAACGCUUCAAAAUCAUUAUACCGCUUCGAAUUUCCCGUUUGCUCUGUAUCGGUGUGAGAAUUAGCCGUAGCCGGUGUUGUACAGUUUGCAAAAGUAUAUCUGCACGCUAUCGUUUUGUUUACGUUUGUUUUUGUUUCGUUUGUAGUGGGAUUUAGUUGCUUUAUGUAUGUGUGUGUAUGUUUUUUUAACUUUCUCCACGUUCAUUUGCCAAUUUUCAUACUCGUCCAGUGCAAGUUUCUCUCAGAUUGCCAUAUAAAAGUCACACCCUCGGCAACCUUUGCUCCCCUUUUUUAGCGAAGGGUUGCAAGUGACGGUUAAGAAUUACGGUUAGAUCUUAAGUUAAGCAGAGGUUGUACGUAUCACCUUCUAGCGGUGUGUUGAUACUGGUCGGGCACGCGACAGUAUCCAGUGUCCUCGCCAAUGUUUUCUAUCAGUUUGUUUUAUGUUGCAUUAUUUUUGAGUUACACUUUUUUGUUACUUUUUAUUUCUUCUUUCCGAUUGCCUAUCAUCUUACUAGAAAUCAGUGUUGUGUCUGCUUUAUUUCAAUGCAAUGCUUAACAAUAGAAUAGACACCGGUUCGCAUCCAGCUUCCUACGGUUCACAGCAACCAGCCGGCAAUUGUUGGCUUCGGGAAGGAAAUCGGUUAAAGUGUACAUAUCAACCAACUGCAAGGGCGCGUAUACAUUCAUGCAUUUUUGUAUCUCGUUGUCCUGCCCCCCCCCCCCCCACACUCUCCCCUCUUCCCCUCAAAUGUUUAGUUUCGUAGCCAGGAAGUAGGGCUAAGGGAUGUUUAAACAUAAACGGCCGAGAAAUGAGAAAAUUAAGUGUAAAUGUUUUGUAAUUUAUUGUCAUCGUUGUUGGAUGCCCAUCAUUGCGGGUGGGGGGGGGGGGGGAAGUGUGCUAUCGAUUCGUGUUAAUACCUCGAGCGCUCGAAGAUCGCUCACCGAGCAAUGUCAGCGCAUAGGCUCCACGACACGACAAGUGUAAUCGCUUUUGUACAGUACAGUGAAUAGAUAUUUAGACGUGUAAGCUAAACGAAACGAAGGCAGAACAAUAAGUUGUGAACGGAAACAAACAAAAGCAGCACAUCACAUGGACGACCGGGUAGCCGUAUAAGUAUCGUUGAGAAAGAACCAAAAUAAUGACACCUUUUUUCCAAUGCAGCUAAAUAAACCGACUUUACAGCUGUUUCCUUAAGAUCAGUGACAAAAAAAAACCCUUAAUCACAAAUGAUAACUCGACAAAAAGCAAUUGAAAACAACUUUUCUCUAUUCGAUCGAUUGUGUGAAAAAAAUAUUCGGCAAAUUUAUUUCCUCAACCACAACAGCCAAACUGUUAACGUAGGUGCAGAAUGGGCUUGGCGCGUGUAGUAGAACAGGGAAAACCAAAGGCAUCUAAGGCUCUCCUUUUUUAUUUAAUCCCUGCAACAGCAGCUCUGUCCAAACUGUGCCGCCUGGCAGCUAGGGAAAGAAGAGUUAAACACACAUUAAAAGUGAUCAUGCACAAUACAAUGAAUGGGACGAGAAUAUCUAAUAAGAAUGGAUAUUGUUUUGCGCGAAAAGGUUCAACAAACGUUAGGACACGGAAGAAGAAGAAAAAGAAAACAUUUACAAAUAAAGGAAAUUUUUUAAAAAAUAUCUGGUUUUAACAGAUACAUAGACUGUAUACGAAUAUUGUUCAUUUACUGCGUUGACGAAAGGUAAACCGUGCGAUCGCCAACGGCAGCUACACUUAACAGGGUCGCCCGAAAUCAAACGAACGGAUCCUUAUGUUUGCACCUCUGUGUUUUACGAUACACUUGCAAGCAAUGCCAAGUGUUAUAUUUUGUUUAUUUUUUUUAACAGUCUUGUCAAAUUCGUUUGGUUUCGGGGACAAAUGUUGAGGGCGUUACUGCUGUAUACACACAUACACACACAAAUACCGUAACAGCGUCCAAUCAAAGAGCUAGCGAAACCCAGGACAGUGGCCCAGGCAUGUGUCGCAUAUGGGGUAGUCGUAAAUCAAACACACAAAAUAACAAUUGUUUAUGGGUGUUAGGAUUAUUUGCCAUUCUACGGCAAAACGGGGCCCCGACGCAGGCACGUGCGAGAAACUUAUAUAUAUUAGGCGUUUAGAUUAAAAAAAACUAGCCUGCGUCACACAGAAUACAAUCCUUUUUUGUAGGCUGAGAAACAAGUAUAUAGAGACAGCAGCAGGGGGUGGAGAGUGAAUAAAUGAUAAGUCAAGAAGUGCACGCAAAACAGAAGAAGAAAAUAAUUGAAAAAAAAACAAACGCGCAGUAAAAGCUACUAUUGUAAGACAACCUCUUAUACAGUGGAAACAAAAGCAUAUUUUUAAUUGUUUAAUAAAUUAUUAAAAUAAUAAAAA